UGGCACAAACAGCGCCGGUGAAGAACACAAGUUAACUAAACAACAGAGAAUUGCAGAAAAAAAGAGAAGCGAGAAGAAUGGCGGAAAACAAUAAAAAACUAAUCAAAGACCCACCCGCUAGUUUCCACUCUAAAGUGUGGAGACACUUCGGGUUUUACGAGACAGUCGACGGAAAGGCACUGGAUAAAAACUAUGCAAUCUGCAAGAACUGCUUUGCAAAGAUAAAAUAUAACUGCAACACUACGAAUCUGCAAAUGCACCUCGUUCGCUAUCACGGUGAACUACUCUCAGGUGAUAAUGAGGGUAAACCAAGUCAGCCGACAAUCACUACUGCGUUCAAAGCAAAGCUCCUUUGGGUCGCCGAGGCACAGAGUAUCACUAAGUCCAUCGCCGAAUUUAUUUGCAAGGACCUUCGCCCUUACAGCGUGGUCGAGAAUGAUGGAUUUUGCAGAAUGUUGACAACACUGGAACCGAGAUACGAGAUACCGAGUCGUCGGCACUUUACAGACAAAGUCAUCCCUGCAUUGUAUGCAGAUACCAGAGCCAAAGUGGAGGGUGCGCUCGGUCUGCUAAACGAGUUGCACUAACCUGUGAUGGUUGGACGUCAAGGGCCACCGAGUCCUUCGUAACUAUUACUGCCCACUUCAUAGACGACAACUGGGAUGCCCAAAGCUACGUCCUUCAGACUCGGGCUAUGAAUGACAGUCAUACUGGCGCUCACAUGGCAGAGGUGCUUAAGACGGCUGUAGACGAGUGGAAGCUCACCGAGAAAGAGCCAGCAGUGGUGACUGACAACGCAGCGAAAUAUGUCCGUAGCUGUUGAGAUUGCUGGAUAUCCACACGUUCGCUGUUUCGCUCAUGUUUUGAAUCUCGCGGUGCAGCGUGCCCUCAAACUGCCAAAUGUCGCUCGACUGCUCGGGAGAAUUAGGAGAAUUUGCACAUUCUUCCACAGGAGCACCUCAGCAGCUGAGGCACUGAAGAGGAACCAGAAGAUGUUAGGCCUUCCGCACCACAAGCUGAUAACUGAUGUUGUUGUCCGCUGGAACAGUGCCUAUGAGAUGAUCAGCCGGUUUCUUGAGCAACAGCCAGCUGUUACUGCUGCCCUCUUAUCUCCAGAGGUCAGAAAGAAUACCACUGACAUCUCUACCCUGACUGAUGGAGACAUCAAGAAUGCAGAAGAGGUUGUGAAAGCCCUCCAUCCAAUGCUGGUAGCAACAAAGAGCAUGUGUGAGGAGAAAAGUCCAACUGUUUCCAUCAUUGCUCCUCUUCACGCCCAACUUCUGAGCAACACACUCAGCACAAUUGAGGAUGCCCCUCUCGUCAAGGACAUAAAGUGUGCCAUCCAUGGAGACCUAUCAAAGCGCUACAUGUCUGCAGAGGAGAAAAACUUCCUCUCACGUUGCCUCCGCCUUAGACCCCAGGUUUAAGUCGAUGCUCUUCUUGUCGCCUUCAGAAGUGCAGGAGACGUAUGCCAUGGUUGUGUCCAAGGCUGCUGCCCUGAUGGGGAAUGCAGAUGUGGGAAUGCAGUCUGAUGGUAAUGUAGAGGAGGGAGGAAGCACUGAAGAGAGUGGUCCUGCUGAUGACACCAGUGAUGAGGACCGACCACCACACACAC